CUAGUUCAGCUGCAAAAAAAACGAAUAUUUUAAGCUGGAGAGGUUAUGUUUUAAUUAAUUAUUAUUUGAUGACUACUGAAAGACCUCAAUAAUUAUUAUUACUGAUGAACAAGUUUGACUCAACGAUUUCAACACCUUUAGGUUUUAAUGUUCAGUAGAACAAUUUGAUAAUGCGCAAUGUCUAAAACUCCUUCAAAAAGUGCGCAAAGUUUGAAUCACCACUUCAGUCCGAAAGAAAUUACUAGUCCAAAUAAGGAUAGCACUGGCAUAUCUAAGACUGUUUAUACUCAUCUGACAAAUCUUCAUCGUCUUAUAAAUGAUUGGACAAGUAUCAGGAGUAAAGGAGUUCAAAUAUGUAAAAGUUUAUCAGCUUUAAAGUUGCAUGAGUGCGAAGAUGACUACUAUCCACAUCAAAUUAAACCGCUCACCGAAAGUUUGUUGAACUCAGUUGACGCUUUGAAAGAUGUUGUUGACGGGGUUGAAAUAAUAAACAGCCAGAUGAAUGCUUUGAGUCAAUUGCAGUCCAAUGAAGAACCUAUUAUAAACACUUGGUCAGUUGGUGAAAUAUCUUCAAAUGUUGGUAGCAUAUGUGAUGCUUUACAGAAGGAGCUUAGAUUGAAACAAGUUAUUACAGAAAACAUUGCACAUUGUAGAGAUCAAAAUUUAAUUGAAGUCUACGCCAGUGCUUGGGAAUUCGAGGCCUAUUUUAACAUGGAAAUAAAUAGUUAUUUGUUUGCAGAAGUUGGUUUAGCGGGAAUAACAUGACUUUAUUUAUUU